CAAAGCUAAACCUGAAUCGGAGAUUGCAUAAAUUAAAAGCCAUAUCUCCAGUAAAAUAGACAGCUUAUCAUCAUUCCAAGCAACAGCUAGCAGGAGUAUAUAUACACCGUUCUUUACACGUAUAUAAACCCUAUACCUACAUACAUAUUUGAGUGUAUGCUCCAAAACUGUCGCAACGCUUUGCAGCGAAGCCGCCUCCUCCUCACAGCCAAAAAGCUGCGUCAGCCCCAACGCCAUCAACAGAGCGCCGCAGCCGCCAGCAACAACAGCAACAUGGAAAAGUUUGAUCUGCCCAAGCGUCUGCAAGGAAGCACGCCGAGCGUGUGGAACGAAUACAUCGCUUUGGCCAUGCAAUACAAGCCCCUUAAUCUGGGACAGGGCUUUCCAGAUGAUGCCGCCCCAGAGUACGUAACCCAAUCGCUGGCAGACAUUGCUCAGGAUGCGAAUCCGCUGCUGCAUCAGUACACCCGGGGAUACGGACACGUGCGUCUGGUACAGGCCCUCUCCAAGUUGUACAGUGGUCUCGUGGGACGCGAACUUAACCCGCUGAGCGAUAUCCUCAUCACCUCGGGAGCCUACGAGGCGCUGUACUCCACCAUCAUGGGUCAUGUGGAUGUCGGCGAUGAGGUGAUCAUCAUUGAACCCUUCUUCGACUGCUACGAGCCCAUGGUGAAAAUGGCUGGCGGAGUCUCACGUUUCAUUCCACUGAAGCUGCGCAAAACAGAGGAGGGUCCGAUUAGCUCCGCGGAUUGGGUGCUAGACGAUGCAGAGCUCGAGGGUCUCUUCAAUGCAAAAACCAAAAUGAUCAUUCUGAACACGCCACACAAUCCGAUAGGAAAGGUCUUCAAUCGCAGGGAACUUGAGCGCAUUGCAGAACUUUGUCGCAAGUGGAACGUGCUGUGUGUUUCGGAUGAGGUGUACGAGUGGCUGGUCUUCGACGGAGCGGAGCACAUACGCAUCUGCACGCUGCCCGGUAUGUGGGAUCGCACCAUCACACUCGGCUCAGCGGGCAAGACCUUCUCCGUCACCGGCUGGAAAAUCGGAUGGGCCUACGGGCCGUCGCAGUUGAUCAGAAACCUGCAGAUGGUACACCAGAACUCAGUGUAUACCUGCCCCACGCCCCUGCAGGAAGGUGUGGCACGCAGCUUCGAAGUGGAGCUGGCUCGCCUGGGCACACCAGAGAGCUACUUCCUCAGCCUGCCUCGCGAGCUGAAGGAGAAGCGCGAUUUCAUGGCCAAAUUCCUGUCCGAGGCUGGGAUGCGUCCAACCAUUCCAGAGGGCGGCUACUUCAUGCUGGCCGACUGGUCCCCUUUGGCGAGCAAAGUGGAUCUGAGCUCGGAGCCGGACAAGCACCGCGACUACAAGUUCACCAAGUGGAUGACGAAGAACAUGGGACUGCAGGGCAUCCCACCGAGUGCCUUCUACAGCGAGCCCAACAAGCCGCUGGGUGAGGACUUUGUGCGCUACUGCUUCAUCAAGAAGCAGGAGAACCUGGACAAGGCAGCCGAGCUGCUCCGGAAAUGGAAAUAGUUGCCAAUCAAUAAACGAAUUUAAUGCAA